UUUAUCAGCAGCGGCAACAUUCGAACGAAGACAACUGAUACUGACGAGGACGAUGUUCAUUUCCUGUAUACUUACAAUAUUUCUACACGUUCUUCCGAUGGCUGCACGUUACAUCUGCAGGCGUUACGAAGUGGAAGGCCUGGAGUUCGUAACAUUGUACGGCACAAUUAGCAGCAAUUUAAAUCCAUUGGCAAUUCUCGCUACGAUUUUCCUGUUACAAGAUGAUAUUCGAGAAGCAGCUGUGGUGCAAUUGCCGCAACGCUUACAGCUUAUGCUACAGAGAUUUCUUCCGAAAAAAUAUUUCGUGUUCAAUACAAGUAUCAAAACACUUGAAACAAAUAAAACAGUGAGAAGGUGA